AUGUCUGCAGGAGGGGAAGCAGCUGAUGUGGUGUACUGCCUGGCGCAGGAGCAGGACUUCCAGCAGACGCAGGUAUCUCAAGCUGACUCUCCUCCUCUUCCUCCUCAGCUGCAGUUCCCCCUGCCCGAGUUCAUCGUGGCUAUGGGCUUCUUCCUGGUCCUGGUCCUGGAGCAGAUCAUCCUGGCCUUCAAGGACCAGACGUCGCCGUCCCCGGAGGAACGGCGCUCUCUGCUGGUGGACUCCAGCAUUCAAUCCAACGAUCACCGCCGCCGAGGCUCGGCGGACUCUGACGGUCACUUCCACGUGGACUUUGGUUCUCAGUCCGCACUGCGCGCCUUCAUCCUGGUCUUCUCGCUGUCGCUGCACUCGGUGUUCGAGGGGCUGGCGGUGGGGCUGCUGGAGGAGGGGCGGGAGGUGCUGGAGAUCUGCCUCGCCCUGAUGAUCCACAAGAGCAUCAUCUCCUUCAGCCUGACCGUGAAGCUGUGUCAGGCCCGGCUGCGUCGCUCCGCGGUGGUCGGCUGCCUGCUGCUGUUCGCCGUCAUGUCGCCGCUGGGCGUCGGCCUGGGCGUCGGCCUCACCGAGACCAAGACGUCGCCGGGGCACCAGCUGGCCCGCUGCACGCUGGAGGGGCUGGCGACGGGAACCUUCAUCUACAUCACCUUCAUGGAGAUCCUACCGCACGAGCUCGCCGCCGGCAGGAACCGCAUCGCCAAGGUGGGCGUGCUGCUGGUGGGCUUUGCCGUGGUGACCGCCGUGCUGUUCAUCAAACUGUAGAGGCAGACGGCGAGAGGGCGAGCUCCGUGUGCGACUUCAGAGACGGUUCAGAGCUUCAUUAAUCACGCUUUUAUUUUUUUGACGUUAACGAGAGACGAAGACUUAAGCCAAAGAGAGACGACGCGAGAGCGCCAGGGGGAGGAGCCGAACAACCCCGCAAACCUGAUCCGUUAAAGUUUCUCUCCUCUGACCGCCUGCGGGGUUGGACAGAAACCCACCAAUCAAACCCCCGCGAGUCGCACCUGGUGACAGCGGGGAGCAAGAACUCGCUUUAACAGGAGGAAACCUCCGGCUCAGGGAGGCGGGGUCAAGCUAAGGAGCCGCAGCAGGCGAUCGAACACCCAGGGAGUGAAGAAGUGCAUCAUGGGAAGCAGGCUGGCCUGCUGCGGCGCUAUCUCAGAGUUCAGAUGUGCUCGCCAGGAGUGUCCCAGAGCGGCGGGAGAUUUCCGCUUUUAGAACUAGCGUGUUGCUAAACGAGGAAACUGGAAUGUUUGGAGGAGCCGGAGCAUGUGUUAGCGGAGCGCUCUAUUUUAACUGACAGCAGGAUUCAAACACUUGUUUUUGUAAUAAAAGUAUUUUUAAACAUG